AUGAAGUUAUUCACACUCCUUUUCACCUCUCAUCUCCUUUGGAGCGCGAGGGCCUUCCUUGCUUACGAGGAAUCUGCGGUCAAGCGGUUAGUGGAGGAGUAUGACCUACCCGAGGCCUGCGCAAAGGUCAUGUUGACGGACAUCGACUGCGAUGCCAGCCUCGAUGACGCGGGAAGUACCGGAUGGCAAGGCUCAAUUGAAGAGGAUGACGAUUUCAAGAUCACCGACAGUAUCUGCGCCAAAAGGUGCGGCGACUCCCUGAACAAAUGGACCGCGUCCUUUGCCAAAUACUGCGAGCCAGAAGGAUUACGCCCAGGCAAUAUGGUGGAGGGCCGAAGACAGAUUUGCGACAAGGAUGCCAAGACCGGAAAAUACUGCAACGCUAUCAUCGAUUCAUUCCCCGAGUUGGACGAUGAUGAAGAACUUCCUGCCAAGUACCUCUGCGAGCCUUGCUACGUCCGACGUCUCUGGGGGUUCGACAUCAGCAAUUACAGCCCCGCCAACAGUUGGAUCGUCACCCAACGGGAACGUAUGGACGAGCUAUGUCCCAAGUCAGUGCUGGUUGAGAAAAAGGCGUCAACUAUUCUGCCGCACACGGGUACGAUGGCGCAGCCUUGGUUAGAGUCCACGCAGACUCCGAGCAAUGUCAAUAGUGAAGUUGAGACCACUCCAACUCCGGAGAGUACCGAGACUGCUUCUUCAACCACGACUGAAGCUCCUUCUGCCACUGCGCCGGCUGAGAGUAACGCGGCUGAUAGCCUUGGAAAUGGUUGGCUGAGAGGCCAUUGGGCACCAUUGGUCCUUUUGGGGAUGAAUGUCUUUUGGCUCUGA